AUGGCCUGCCCUCUCACUGUCUCCAAGUUUGUCGGCACCGUGUCGCUCGGCUUGCUGACGGGCCUCUCAUACUCCACCGCUGCCAUCACGGUCCCCUCUCUUAAGCUCUUGUCCACCUCGGCCACCGCCUCCCGCUGCUUCAAUGAGGUGAAGCGCCUCAACCGCAAGCAUGUGCUGCGACUGUCCAGCCUCGCCAACACCUGCCUUCUUUUUGCAUAUGCCGCCUCACCGCCACGCCGAAAGCACCCGUUUCUAGUGUUGAUGUGUGCGGUCUCCACCGUCGGCUCUUUUGGCCUGGAUCUUUGGUUCAACCGACACAUGGGCCUCAAGAACUGGUUCUUCAGCGUCGUCCAGGAUACGACCUGUGUGCGCUUGAGCACGGCAGCCUCGACCAAGAAAGAUGAAGACUUGGUGGUUGUGGAGGCUGAGGACGCGAAUGGUGAGAGUGUGCAGCGUGAAAUGGACAAGGAGCGCCGUCUGCAGCGCGCCCGGGCCUGGCUGUCUGGGCUGGCUUUUUCGAUGGGAGUCGUGGGCCUGUGGGGGGACAAGAAGUGA